AAUCAGUACCGACGUAUUGACCGUAGACGAAUAAAAACAUAAUUAAUACAAUGUCUGUCGAUCCGUUAGUCUACAUGCCAGUCAAUAGAUGGAGUGAAAUUAAGUUAGCAUUCAAAUCUGAUUGGCCGAGAAGCAUAUCUGGAUACCUUGUGUUGGAAACUCAAGAACUUAUUUCGAAAUCUGGUAUCGAUUACGGCUUCAAAGUGUAUUGCCCUUUUGGGAAUGUGAACAACGGAAUUGUUGCUCUUAACAUAAAGAAUGGAUAUUAUGAAGUAAUCAUUCAAUGUUCCAAAGAUGAUACCAGUGAACUUGAAGACGCAUUGAGAAAGACGAACAUAAUUGACUGGAGAAGAUGUAAUCAGGUGCCAUAUGCACCCCUGCACAUAGUGGAUUGUGUGGAAAGGUUAUAUAAAGCGAAAAAUCUUAAAAUAGAUCAUAUAUCGACGACGGUAACUUAUAUAUUGGAUAACAAAGAAACUCCGUAUGACGUCAGUUUACCCCCUGGAUUUACCUUUGACCUGCUAACUCUGGACUCCGUAAAAUUAGUCAAUGAUAAUUGGCCACACAAAUAUCCUGGUUCAGAAUGGUACUACGAAAUGCUAACCAAAGCAAAGUUAGGUUACGGACUCUACAACGGAGAAGAAUUAAUAGCAUGGGUCUACAUUAAAGAGAUGGGUGCCUUAGGACACUUAUACACGCUCGACAAACAUAGAAGAAAAGGCUACGGCGAAUUAGUUCUAAAGUUAAUAUCGAAUAUGUUUUUGCAAGAUAAAAAAUACACAGUAGCUUUCUGUUCCGAGGGAAAUUCAAGUGCUGCAAAUUUGUAUACCAAACUAGGGUUUAAAUUGUUUCAUGAACUUCAUUGGUGUAAUCGUUACGUAGAUGUAUUAUAAGAAUCUCCUCUCCUCCCUUUUUAAUUUCCAGCCAUUCUCUCAUCUCUCUUAUUCAGCUUUGAAAAAGGGGUAACAUAAACAAUUUUGUGUCAUUCAGAAUUAUUCACAUAUGGAA